GCCAGUUUACUUUUGUUGGCUUUCCUCGAGGCUCAUUAAAAUAAAAUAGUGCAAAAAACCACGAAACGAAGGAACUGUACUUUUGUGGCAGCAGUCUUGUCCCAUUCAUUAAGGGUUAUAUUUUUUUAUUAUUCAAAUUCGUGCAGUGCUCUGAUUGGAGGUGAAGUCCGACGCAGCACUAGCUUGAGCUUCCCCUUCUAAUUAUUGGACUUUGAUAGGCAGGUACCUAUUUAUUGCGUGGUUCGUCCGAUUCCCAGAUAAGAGUAUCCUGCCCGUUUUGCAAUACAAAGGGUAGAGGAAAAACACGUCGUGCAACCGAGCAACCUGAAGACCACGAUCAGGACGAUGCCGGAGUGGGCGGAAGCCAAGAGGGAAAGCAGGCUCGCGAUCGAACCAGCCACAGUAGCAGCACUGGAGGUGGCACUAGAAGCCGAACAGGACACCGAGCCAGGCAGUUCAGCAUCAACCAGCGAAUCUUCGUCACCAUCCAAGAACCAACCCGGUGGUCAGACCAACGGAAACCUGCAGCUGCAUAUGGAGGAACUAAAGGAUGCCAGCAUUCAUCACACGGCCUUGAAGCUGUCUGAGGACAUCAAAGCUAUGAAAAUCUAUGGCAGUUUAUAUAAGAUGGUGCAGAAGCUCGCGUGCUCACCUGAAGUAGACAAGGACGAUAUGAAGCACACCCUCGAGGCGGCCAUCAAAGCGAACGGUCUGGAAACCGAAAUUCGCAAUGUUAUCUAUCAUUUGAUCAGAAAUUCGCUCAAAGUAGAACCCAAACCCACGGUUCCGUCCAGUGACCCGUUGUACUACCUACGCCGGGCGGGCAUUCAAUGGGAACGACGGGUACGGAAAUCACUCAACUCCAUGUGCUCGGAAUCGAAAGCACAACUGCAAGGACAGAUGCGUUCCGCAACGGAUCGAGAAGAAAUACUCACCAAGUGGGACGAACUAAGCAACUACCAGAUUGAUCUGACCAACUAUCGACCGGUGUACGCUCCGAAAGAUUUGCUUGAUGUGCUUCUUUCCCUGAAAGGCCCCGUCAAACAGGACGAAACAGAGUACAGAAAAUAUUUCCGCUUCUCGCAACAACAGAUUGCCAGCAAACUUAAACUUAUCAAAUCGUUUUUCAGUUUUCUCCCGAAAUGGGAAUUUUCACACAUUUCGCUACCGGUGAAGAAUCUCUUCGAGUUGCGAGUGCAUUUUUCCGAACUGCUGCGCAACGAUAAUAACGGAGGAGGUGCGACUGAUUGGGCUGUCACGUGUCAGAAGAUCUUGAAGACGCGCCACGCCCCUUUAUGUCAGCAGGCACUGAAGAAGGGCAUCACGCCACCUCCGCUACGGGGACAUCUGUGGGCCUACGUGCUAGGCAGUCAGGUGGAAGCGCAUCACACCGAGCAUUGGGACAAUUUGAAGCAAUCGGUACUGACGACAGAGUCCAUUGUAGAUAAGCUCGUUUUCAAGGAUGUCCAAUUGACUGCGACCAACGAUGACCGGUAUUUUGUAUUCGAAGAUGUCUUGUACCAGAUUAUGUUAUGCUUCAGUCGUGAUUCCGAAAUCAGCCAGAUGAUUCAAACGGAGUUCACCAAUUCGGCCAAAGUGAAACAAUACGAGGGUCCGGCUUGCGGCUUUGUACCGUUCCAUGGCAUUUGCAUGUUGGCGGCUCCGUUCUGCUAUCUGUACGAUAAUCCCGUUGCGCUGUACUUUACGUUCCGCGCGUUUUACGUUCGUUAUUGCCAUCGCCUGACAACGAUCAACACCCAUCCGCAGGGAAUCGUCAGUUUGUGUUUGCUGUUCGAGAAGCUUUUGCAAACACACGAACCCCAACUUUGGUCGCACUUUCGUGAAUUACAGAUACAACCCAUCCGUGUAGUGUUCAAGUGGUUGAUGCGUGCUUUUAGCGGUCACCUACCCCCGGAGCAACUGCUGAUUCUGUGGGAUCUGAUUCUGGGCUACGAUAGUCUGGAAAUUCUAUCUCUGCUGGCGCUGAUUAUAUUGAGCUUCCGUCGAGAAAGCCUGAUGCAGGUGGUAACUCUGGAGAACAUUGAGGCCAUUUUGUCGGAUUUGUCCUCGGUCAAGGUGCUGCCGCUGAUACAACUCACGUUGUCGCGAGACUGAGUGCUACGGAACUUUUUUAUGUUGGAAAAUGAUUAACGGUCGAAAGUGGCACCUUCUUGACGGAAAGUAGGAAAAUCGAUUGCGUAAUAGAUUAGUUUAAUAACUUUUUUAGAAUUGACUACUUUUCUAAAUUUUGCUGUUAGCAACGUAGUAUACUAGCAAAAGCGAACUAUUUAUAUUUAUAAUAUACUUUCUCUUCGACUGAUUGAAUAUCUCAAUAACCUUUUGGAGACGGAGUUUUCGCCUUUUGAUUUAACUCGCGAUUUAUGCAACCUCGUUGGUCUCGAACACGUUUAUAAAGGUCAGUUUUCUCGGUUGGGCUAAUGUCUCCAAAGGGUUAAGUAGAUUUCAAAACAAUUAUGUAAUCCCUAUUUAAAUAAUAAGCUUUUCGACUAAGCGUUAUAGAAAUGAAGAACUGUAGAAGAAUUUUAUUUCGAUAAGUUUUCGAGUUAUGCCUGGAAGACCUAGCGAGCAAUUCGGAAAUAGUCCAGGGAUUUCUAGAGGAAUGUCUCCAGAAAUUAAUAGGGGAGCACUACUUUAACAAUUCCACCGGAAAUUGGAAAAGAUUUUUACCGAAACUCAUUUUGCUUCUGAUGGAUUACCAAAAAAUAUGCCUGUAAAAUGUUUGUAUCGGAAUUCCUAGAAAUAGUUUUGCUUUUGUUUUAGAAACUUUAAAUAAUACAAUAAAGUAAAAUUUUUGGUAGAAUUUCUUCAGGAAAAACGAUAUUUUUCCAGCAAAUCAUCAGUAAUUUACAUAACAAUUGAAACAAAAAAAAUGAAAGGAGUUAUGCCAGAACCUCUUUUGCACCUUCCUAUGCACAGGAAUCUUUUAUAUUUUUAGGCAUUUAGAAAGAGAAUCAUGAAAAUUUUAUAGAAUGGUCAUAGAAAAACCAUGAAUGAGACGAUAUGUAUCUAUACACAAUAGACCUCUUCAUAAAAAACAAAAUUCCUGGAAUUCAACCAGUCACCCCUGUAGUGUCUACCUAAUGGUUGUGUGCAUAGGAUGUCUACCUACAUGAAAUACUAUUCAUUACAGUACCUAAAUGUCUAGGUAUGAUUCAUUAUGUCUACCUAAGGUAGUAUAAAUACGGGUGGUCAUUGGACCACAUAGCAGAGACUGCACAAGCCUUGGACUGUCAAUAUCUUUAAUACCUAUUCUUCUUUUGAAGGAUAUAAAAACCCCCACAUCUGAAUUCUAAUGCUAAAACAAACUUCUGGUCAAAUUUUCAGCUAAAUUGGUGAAGUUUUCGAGGUGCCUCAAGUCUAAAACCUUUAACCUUUAAAAAAUUCCCAUGAAGGCUAGAAGCCAUAUAAAUUAUCGCGGCUGCCAGUAAAUGAAAGAUUUUUCUAUUCCUUACAACUUUUGUGAACAUUAUGUGCUGAUCGGAGAAUGUUUUGAUCAUAUUUAUUCGAUUUAUAGUCAUGCAAGUACCCUAAAAAGUAACAUUUUUCAACAGUUUUUGUUCUACGAAAUUCAAACGCACAAUUUUUAUUAAAAGUACCAAAUCAUUAAAUAAUUACCCACAUUUUUCUGAACAAUAUUGCCAUACAUCAUUUUCUUAUCCGAUCUACGAAAAAAAUCACAAAAAUCGAAAAGUAGAAGCUUUCCUGAGUUUUUUGAUAUUUGGGGUUGACGCAACUGUUGGCAGACAGAAUAAUCAAACAUAGUAGCUUUGCUUUUUCUUGAUGAUUGCGAUGAUUGAUCAUUGAUUCA